ACCACAGAACCACAAGUGGGGUGCGCACGAUUUCCCCAGGACGACAGGAGGCAGGCACUGGGGCGUAAAUGGUUAAUCAGAUUGGGUCAACCCCAGUCACCGAGACCCAACAAGCUUUUUAGGACUUCAAAGGUCACCACGACCUCCAAAGGAGCGAUCCGAGGACAUCCACGAGCGGCUAUGGCAUCCAACAGUCUUUUUAGUUCGGUGACUCCAUGCCAGCAGAACUUUUUCUGGGAUCCGAGCACCAGCCGCAGGUUCAGUCCGCCGUCCAGCAGCCUUCAUCCGGUGGCGGGGAAGAUGAGCGAUGUGCAACAGGAGCCGAACGCGGCGGUGCCGAGACUCCGACAGCACGACAACCGAACCAUGGUGGAGAUCAUCGCGGACCACCCCGCCGAGCUCGUGCGCACGGACAGCCCGAACUUUCUGUGCUCGGUGCUGCCGUCUCACUGGAGGUGUAACAAAACUCUCCCAGUGGCGUUCAAGGUUGUAGCUCUGGGAGACGUUCCUGAUGGCACCAUGGUCACAGUGAUGGCAGGAAAUGAUGAGAACUACUCGGCAGAACUCCGCAACGCCUCCGCUGUCAUGAAGAAUCAGGUGGCGCGUUUCAACGACCUGAGAUUUGUUGGCAGGAGUGGACGAGGAAAGAGCUUCACGCUGACAAUAACAGUAUUCACGAAUCCACCCCAAGUGGCAACUUACCACCGCGCCAUAAAGGUCACCGUGGACGGGCCGCGCGAGCCACGAAGGCACAGACAGAAACUGGAGGACCCCCCUAAACCGCCGCUGUUCUCGGAGCGUCUGAGUGAGUUAGAGCGUUUACGCCAGAGCACCAUGAGGGUUGCCGUGCAAACCCAGAGUCCCCGACCGACUCUCAACGCCACGCCGAACUCCUUCCACCCGCAGGUGCAAACUCAGAUCUCAGAUCCUCGUCAGGUGCAAUCCUCUCCGCCCUGGUCGUACGAGCAGCCUUACACCCCAUACCUGAGCCAAAUGACGUCGCCAUCCAUCCACUCCACCACACCGCUGUCCUCCACCCGUGCCACGGGCUUGCCCACCAUCAGCGACGUGCCGAGACGUCUCUCAGGUGCAUCGGAUCUAAGCCCCUUCUCGGCCGACCCACGCCAGUUCGAGAGGCAGUUAUCGGGUCUCCCUUCUCUUACGGAGAGCCGUUUCUCCAGUCCCAGAAUGCACUAUCCUGCAACGUUCACGUACACCCCCACACCGGUCACCUCCGGCAUGUCCCUGGGCAUGUCUACGACCACACACUACCACACCUAUCUGCCUCCGCCUUACCCCGGCUCCACCCAAAACCAGAGUGGGCCCUUCCAGACCAGCAGCACGCCCUAUCUCUACUAUGGAGCUUCAUCUGGAUCAUACCAAUUCUCAAUGGUACCGGGGGGAGACCGAUCCCCCACCAGGAUGCUGCCACCUUGCACUAGUGCGUCUACGGGCAGCACCCUUAUCAACCCCAAUCUGCCCAAUCAGACGGACGGCGGCGAGGCGGACGGCAGCCAUAGCAGCUCGCCCACUGUGCUCAACUCCAACGGUCGGAUGGACGAAUCCGUUUGGCGGCCAUACUGAGAAGGUCCAGUUGAACGCGACCUCAAGGCAGCACUGUUAGCCUUCAGGAGGUAGUGCAAGAGAUAUUUGCAUUCGUAAGCAUCAAGGGAAUUCGUUUCGGAAGCACAAACUCUUGUUGAGGAAUAAUGGUACACCCGUUGGUACAAAGGUACUUUAUGUUGAAUGGAUGCAGUGUAUUUGAAUGACUAUACUGAUGCUUUUUUUUAUAAAACAGAUAAUUGAUUUACGGCAUUAGUCUAAUUGAUUUGACAUUCCACACAGCAAUCAGUGAUAUAAAACAUGCUCAUCACUAAUGUCAUGGCAGGCACUCAAUUGUAAUUCUGUCAUAACUCACCCAUGUUAUUCUAAACCUGAAUGACUUUCUUCUAUAGAACACAAAAGAAGUUUAGCAGAAUGUUUUGCCCUCUAUCCUUCCCCUCAAAUCUCAUUUGCAUGUACACAUAAAUUCAAAUUUGGCAUGUGAAGAUGCGGCAUGCCAGGUGUGACCUUAUCGAGUGCAUUUACAUGAAAUGAAGUUCUAUGGUUUUGACAUCAAAUGCACAAAAUACUUGCAGACUUUGUAUAAGCUAGUAAUGAUGGUAAAGGUGUUCACAUACAACACGCAAUCGGUGUAAUGGGCAAAAUUUUUUUUGUGAAAUGCCUUUAUGACUUUAACCCCAUAACCAGGGCUGGGAAGAGAAAUCGGCCCGGGAUUUUACAUGGCAACUGUCUUUUUCUGCAUAUCGUGGCGCCGUUUUGUGGUCCAUUCUGCAUAACGUGGUGGCUCAUUUUAGCUUAUCGUGGCCUCUCGAUGGCCAGUCCGCCCCAAAGUGCGUCGGCCCACCGGGAAAAUGCCCGGUGUGCCAGAUUACCAGUCCAGCCCUGCCCAUAAUGGAACGCUGUUUAAGGGGUUCACAAGAACACACACAUUGUCGGCUUAUUAAGCAUAAUCGGUGCAAGAUUGUGCAUGUAAACACGUUCACUGAUGUCAAACUACAUUGGUUCUUGGUUUACGCGCAGCUGACAUUUUAUUCCUUUAAAGGGGGUCAUCUAAUUUCCCUUGAUCUUUUUACAUAUAAAAAGUCAUUGUACUAUAAAUACAUACAGUAACUUUCAAAACUCAAAACUUCCUCCUCGUUGCAAAAAGAGCAUUUGUUGAUACCAAGCUGCCAAAAUGACUGGUUCCCUACUUCCUCCGCAUUGUGAUGUCACACUGUUGUAGACAUUUGCAUCUGACUGCCUCCGCAAUAGGGCUGCAACUAAUUAUUAUUUUGAUAAUUGGCUAAUCUAAUGAUUAUUAGGUGAUUACAUACACAAUAUGGGGCCUGAUAAAGGGCCGGAUGUGUGACAUCACGACCAGUCCCCGCCCUCCGCCCUGCCACAGACAUAAUAUAAGAAAUAUUAAAGAUUCCACACAAUUUCGUGAUCAGUAAUCAAAUAAGCAAAUUUGUGGCAAUAACUAUUAACAAAAAACAUGUCAGUUAUUCUGAAUAACUUUAACACAUCUGUGGGUCAUUUUGCUUCAUUUUAAUAUAAAUGUUGUUAUAUUUUAUUUUGUUAUCACUGUGCAAUAUGAUUCUACAUUGAGAAUCAAUGGAUGCAUACAAAAGCUGAAAAUUUUAGCUUUCAGAGGCUUUAUAUGGAGUUAGGAUGAAAAUUAUAUUUAUUUAGAACUGUUCUGAGACCAGUGCAGACAGACAGCACACUUUCUAAUAAGUCAUUCACUAAUUAGUGAGCAUCCUAUAACUUUCCUAUGCAGUCAAAUCUAAACUCCAACUAAAAGUUCAGUUUCAGGCUGCAGAUGAUGUUUGGAUCACUCAACAUGUUUCGCAGACAUGUGUCAAUGAUAAUCAGUACAUUGAUUGAUUUACAUUCAUUUAACAUGGUUGGCAGUGAUUGGAUAUUGCUGAAUAUUACUUUGAAUCAGAAUUAAUUAUGCAAAUUUGUGAUGUAAUGUCUGCAAUCUGGCUUUCUAUAGGAUUGGUGCAAAAAUGUUUCCUGCUGUCCACAUAUGUUAACAUACAUUUAGGGAAUAUAUAUACACACAGUAUAUACAGGGCUGGACUGGUAAUCUGGCAUACCGGGCAUUUUCCCGGUGGGCCGACGCACUUUGGGGACGAUCAGGGGCAGACUGGUUGCCCUCAAGAAGUGAACGGGCCGGUGGGUCGGCCGCGAAACGUGCCGAAUGGGCCUAGAUAAGCAAAAAUGAGCCGCCCAGUUGCCAUGUAAAAUCCCGGGCCGAUUUCUCUUCCCAGUCCAGCCCUGUGGAUAUGUGUAUAUAUAUAUAUAUAUAUAUUCCCAGUCACGCUCUGGUGUCAGCACAUUAAAAUAAUAAUAAAAAGGCGUGUCAUGACCCCUUUAACUGUCCUAUAAUUCAUUGAAUUGCAAAAGGAAUACAUCAACAUUACUGCAUUGACAACAUUUUUCUAAAUUGUUCCUUUUGUGUUCCACGCAAGAAAGAAAAUGAUACAGGUUUAGAAAAGCAUGAGGGUGAGUAAAUAAUCAACAGGAUUUCAUUUCUGAUGGAACGAUUGCUUUAACUGGCCAAGAAUUGAACUUUCAUUGCAACAGGAACACGUCCGCACUAUUGGCUCUGUAUAAUAUGACUAUAAUAUUUUUAAAACUACCUUGGUAUAAUUUAGCAUUUCUUAACACUGAAAGUGAUUUUAUUUAUGUGUGCAGAAAGUCAGCUAUUUGAAACAGUACUUGCCAUGUUAAUUCCCUCUUAUCAUUAUGAUUUAUGUAUAAAUGGUAGCAGACGGUACUGAUUUGAGAAGCGGUAUAAGCCAUAUAAACUUUAAAUUAUGUUUUUAAAGGGACAAAAUGUAUGACAUUUUGAAUAUUAUUUUUGGGACAUCUUUUAAUAACUUAAUUAAAUAUUUACUCUUUUUGUAAUUUAAAUGUUUUGUUAUUAUUAUUAUUAUUAUUAUUAUUUCUAUUGUAAAGCAACCAAAAAAAGAAAUCCAAUGGUUCGUAAGCAAUGAAGGAUGUUUCCUUGCAAGACGAUAUCCACGAUCAAAUGUGGAUAUUUUUACUCGGAAUAAUGCCUCAGUUUUUGUAAUAAAACGAAAGCAUUUUCUAUAAAGAACAUGAAGUUGCAGAUAUUAAGAGAAGUAAAUGAGAAUAUGUAACAUCCUUAAUUAAAAGAGAAAUGUACAAAGAUUUGUCCUGAGAGGUGACGUGCUGCGCUCUCCACUUGUUUGAUUUUGGUAUCCAAUGUUUAUCAAGUUAAUUUAUUUUAGAUCGAAUUUUUAUUUAAUUCUUUUGGUGACUAGAAGAACGACCAAACUCUUGCAACAAUUGCCUAAUUCUUUGCAUCUUUAAAUACAGGCAUGAUCGAAUCUCACAGAAUAUUUGGUUUCAGAUUUUUGCGUGCAAAAUGUUCAUUUCAAGUCCCUUGUGCAGAUAUAUUAUUAAUACAAUUAUCAGCCUAAUAUUCUAUAACUGGAUAAUUAACUGCACUUUGUAGGUUAGUAAACACUAUGCAAACUGUACACCAUCAACAAUCAAACUUUUUAUGAGUACUUCAAUAUUAUAUUAUAUCAGACAAUACAAACAGAAUCAUUGGUUGAAGUUGGCAAAACAACCUGCCUGUUAUUUG